AUUUCCGUGAUGUUUGAUUACAUCACUUCUAAUCAGACUAAUCCAACCAUCCCAUGUUUUUUCCCCUCGAAAAACGCUGGAUCAUUUCAUUACUCGAGGCUCGAGAAAGUGUGAAAGGUACGCCCCACGCGGCGGAAGCGUUGCGGUCGCGCGGAUGAAAGCGGAAUCGAAGGAAACGCUCGGAAGCCCCUCGAAGGAACGAUCGAACCGUGGAUAUUUAAGUGUGAUCGGUGGCUACGCGAUCAUCAGUCGAAGCUGAUGAUCGAGAUGCUGCGUUUCGCGCCCGUAAUUCUAUUAUUGUUGCAAGCGAUCGUAUUGCAAACAUGCGUUGCUCGAGAAUUGGUGAGUAUUCGGGAUCGUCGAGACGUCCAGGCCGAGGAUGGGUCUGUCACCUCGAUGCCCUCGAACAUCGAGUCGAAGACUGAUCUCGUGCCAGCUGCCUCUGGGCAUCAAGGUCAUCGUCACGAGUCCGGAGGGGGGCAGAGCCAUCGCUCUGAUCACCACGAGGAACACGGGGAGGAGGGUGAGAAGGGGUACAAGAGCCAUCACCAUCACGACAAGAUCGAGAAGGGUGAGCAUGACAAGCAUCAUCAUUCUGGUCAUCACGAGGAGCACGGUGGCCACAAGAAGGGGCACCACGAUGAGCACGAGAAGUACGGGGAACACCACGAAGGUGAGAAAGGGCACAAGGCUGGCAAGUUUGGGGAGAAAAAAGGGCAUAAGAAGGGACACAAGACCAAAGGAUAUCACAACAAGUUCCACAAGGACGAGUAUCACAAGGAGCAUAAGUUCUACGAUGAUUACCACAAAGGGGGUCAUCAUAAGAAGCACGGUGACUUCCACGGACAUCACGAGAAGAAGGAAGGGCAGCAUAAGAAGGGUGGUCAUCAUCAUUCUGGGUAUCACGAGGAUCAUCGUGGUAAAAAGGGUCAUCAUGACAAGGGACACCUUGACGAGGAGCACAAAGGCCACCAUGGGAAACAUGGACACGAUGAACAUUACAGUCAUCAUGAUUCUUAUGGAAAGAAGGGUGAUCAUCAUUCUGGGAAGAAAUAUGGAUACAGCAAAGGACAUAAAGGUUGAAGAAGAAUCGAUUUCAGAACGAUUCUGGAUUCUUUCAGAUUAUCGUUGUUGUUUUCAGUUUAAGGAUAGACAUGUUGUACUCUAUUCUUGUGAAUCGACGAUUUAAAAAGAU